UCCAGUGAGGACAUGGAAAAAGAAAAUUCAACUUGGCCGGCAGAUUUUGUUCUCACGGGACUCACACGCCUACCACAGUGGAAAGCUCCCCUCUUCCUGGUAUUCUUUUUGGUAUAUCUUACCACAGUUGCUGGGAACCUCGGUCUCAUUUGUCUCAUCUGGAAUGACCCUCACCUACACAUUCCCAUGUAUUUAUGUCUUGGGAAUUUAGCCUUUGUGGAUACAUGGUUAUCAUCUACAGUGACACCAAAGAUGUUACUCAACUUAUUAGACCAGGGAAAUGUGAUAUCUCUCUCUGAAUGUAUGAUUCAGUUUUUUUCCUUUGUAGUCAGUGUAACUACGGAAUGUUUUCUCUUGGCAGUAAUGGCUUAUGAUCGCUAUGUAGCCAUAUGCAAGCCUUUACUUUAUCCCAUGAUUAUGACCAAUAGACUAUGUGUCCGCCUAUUAGUCUUAUCAUUAGUAGGAGGCUUUCUUCAUGCUGUAAUUCAUGAAAGUUUUUUAUUCAGAUUAACCUUUUGUAAAUCCAACAUAAUAGAUCAUUUUUACUGUGAUGUUAUACCAUUGUUAAAGAUCUCCUGUACUGAUCCUUCUAUUAAUUACCUAAUAAUCUUUGUAUUCUCUGGCUCAAUUCAAGUUUUCUCCAUCCUGACUAUUCUCAUCUCUUAUACAUUUGUUCUCUUUACAAUUUUAACAAAGAAGUCUGAAAAAGGUAUAAGAAAAGCUUUCUCUACAUGUGGAGCCCAUCUCUUAUCUGUGUCUUUAUACUAUGGUACUCUUCUUUUCAUGUAUGUGCAUCCUGCAUCUUCAGAAGCAGAUGAUCAAGAUAUGAUCAUCUCUCUGUUUUAUACUGUUAUAAUUCCUGUUUUAAAUCCAAUUAUCUACAGCCUGAGAAACAAGCAGGUCUUAGGUUCUCUGAAAAAGAUGUUGAAAAGAAACAUUUAG